UAUAACAGCCAAAUAAACAAAAAAAUUGUCCCAUCUGUAUGUGGAAACGUAAAUUUUAACAGUAAAAGUUUAACACGCCAAUCUGCGCUUACACUUGAAUAAUCUUUAAACGUGAAAUAGUUGUAAUCUUUGCAGAACUGGAUUGUUGAAAGCUUAGAUCCCUCAAUCUCUUUUUGGGGAGGAAAACUAACACAGAUGAAGCGCCUCUCUCAUGUGGACGUGAAUCAAAACAGUACGCCCCCUAUAUAAAGCCUGCAGGGAAACCCCAGCAGAGCACAGAGCAGCAGAUUACCGAGACAGGAGGCAGAGGACACAGAAACGACACACCAGCUGGACAAGUCGCUCCGGGAUUUACCAAUCUUUGGCGAUGCACAACUUACUUCACCUCGGCCAAAGAAACCUGAUGAAGAAACACUGCUAAUGUCACACCCAGUAAAGCAGAUUUCUUCAGAAAAAGACUUACUUUUGGGUGUGUUUUCCCCGAAAAAAUUAGUUUAAACACCAUUCAGGGCUCUCACCGCUUCACCCUAAACCACCACCACCAUGCUCUCCAGUGUGCGGCGGCACAGCCUCCGCCUCCAGACGGAGCUCCACCGCUGGAGCAUCUGCGACCCGGGCAGCCACCUCCUCCCGGACGGCCUCCUCGCCCGGGUCCCUGCGUGCAUCUCCCGCUCCAAGUCCUGCGCCAGUUCCGCUGGCGAGUCGGACGGAAGCCGCGGGAGCUGGUCGUCGUCGGACUCGGUUAUCUCCGUUGACUCCGCCGGGGGCUCGGUGGAGCCCGGGAGCCCGUACAGGGUGGUGCUGCUGGGGGCCAGCGGCGUCGGGAAGACGGCGUUCGCCAGCAUCUUCGCCGGCGCAGCGGACAGCAUGGACAGCGACGACUGCGAGCUGUGUGGAGAUGAAGUGGCUGAGAAGGAAAUUGAAGUUGAUGGAGAGGCUGCAACUAUACUCCUGUUGGAUACCUGGGAUGCAGAGAAAGGUGAUGAGUGGACCCAGGAGAGCUUCAUGCAGAUAGGCGACGCCUACCUGCUGUUGUACUCCAUCACUGACCGGGCAUCCUUCCUGCGAGCUUCAGAGCUCCGGAUAACCCUACGUCGCUUUCGUCCUGCCCGCCACACACCCAUAAUCCUGGUGGGGAACAAGUGCGACCUGGUGAGGCGGAGAGAAGUGUCGACAAGCGAGGCCCGCGCUUCCGCCGCGGUGUUUGACUGCAAGUUCAUCGAGACCUCGGCCGCCAUGCAGCACAACGUCUGGGAGGCUUUCUACGGCAUCGUGAGACAGCUGCGCCUGCGGCGAGACUCCAAAGACGACAGCAGACGCCGCAGGCGCGUCCACUGCGACAAACGCAGAGAGAGCCUUCCGGUCAGGGCCAAGCGUUUCCUCGACAGGGUGGUGGCGAAGAACAAUCCCAGCAUGGCGUUCUGGCUCAAAUCCAAGUCCUGCCACAAUCUGUCAGUGCUGUAGACCAAACCUGAAUGCAGGUGGGGGAAACACCUGAGCAGAUGAGUCGGGUUGAAGGCUGCAGAAAAGCAGCCGUGGACGGAGGUGGAGGGGACAUUUCCUGCCUCCCGACGAACUCAGAGUUGGCGUUCACCUUCCGCCCUCCGUUCAGGUGGAGGUGGAGGUCUGCGCCAAGCUGUUGACAGUCUGAGUGGACUGCAGUUCACAGUGAUGUCACAAGUUAUGGGACAUUUAGAAGAAACUAAGAAAACAAAGUUAUUUUUAUUGUUUUCUUUCUUCUUACUUUUUUCAUUUACAAGUGCGUAAAUCACUAAAAAUACCCUUGCAUGUGUUUUUUUAAGACCUGUGUGAUACUUAAACGUUUAGUUUUGAUUUAUGCUGCAGUGUUUUAUGCGCUAACUGUAAGAGCAAGUCGAUGCUGUGUUGUCUUUUGCAACUUUGAAUCACUGUUUGAAGAAAUAAAGUGAUGUUUCUGCUUGGAAGAAAGCGCAGCAGG